AUGGAUGUUUAUCUGAUAAAACGCGGACACAAAUUUCCGUCCAUGCGGAAGAAUUAUUGUGUGUUGGUACGGAUUGAAUUGUCGUUCUAUGUCACUCACGAUGAAAGUAAAAACCGUAACAGUAGCGCCACAACGAAUCGCUUGGAUGCGAUGGAGCUCGAAACCAAGGACGGCAAAACAUUUUUCUGUGCUGCCUCUUCAGCAAAGGAUAAGCGAAAGUGGAUCAACACACUUUAUCAUGAAAUUGCACCUGGGCAACGGCAUCAGCGAUGUGAAAUGGAUAAUGCUAGUGAAACUGAGCACGAUCGACGACUCGAGAUCAAUUUCGCAGCAAAGUAG